AUGCAAGCAAUGGAGGGGGAAGUGUUGCUCCCCGCUCUCUAUGAGGAGGAAGAGGAGGAGGAGGAAGAAGAGGUGGAAGAAGAGGAAGAACAGGUGCAGAAAGGGGGCAGCGUGAGCUCCCUAUCCGUCAGCAAGCACCGGGGCCUGAGCCUCACGGAGACAGAGCUGGAAGAGCUGAGGGCUCAGGUGCUACAGCUGGUGGCAGAGCUGGAAGAGACCCGGGAGCUGGCGGGGCAGCAUGAGGACGACUCCCUGGAGCUGCAGGGGCUCCUGGAGGAUGAACGGCUGGCCAGCGCCCAGCAGGCAGAGGUGUUCACCAAGCAGAUCCAGCAGCUCCAAGGUGAGCUGCGGUCUCUGCGUGAGGAGAUUUCCCUGUUAGAGCGUGAGAAAGAAAGUGAACUUAAGGAAAUAGAACAGGAGUUGCACUUGGCCCAGACUGAGAUCCGGAAUCUGCGGCAAGCAGCAGAGGAUUCCGCGACCGAACAUGAGAGUGACAUAGCAUCCCUGCAGGAGGAUCUUUGCCGGAUGCAGAAUGAACUCGAUGACAUGGAGCGCAUUCGGGGAGAGUAUGAAAUGGAGAUCACCUCCCUCCGUGCAGAAAUGGAAAUGAAGAGCUCUGAUCCAUCCAAUAGUUUAAAUCUUUCUGAUUACUCUGAGAUGCAAGAAGAGCUGCAGCAACUGCGGGAACGCUACCGCUUCCUGAACGAGGAGUACCGGGCCCUGCAGGAGAGCAACAGUAGCCUCACUGGGCAGCUUGCAGAUCUGGAGAGUGAGAGGACACGAAGAGCAACAGAAAAGUGGCUGGAGUCCCACAUGCUAAAGGAUAUGAUGUCAGCAGAGUCUCAGACUUCAGAAGUGGAUUUUCUAGAACCUGAUCCUGAAACCCAGUUGUUGCGACAACAGCUUCUGGGAGCUGAAGAGCAGAUGCAUGACAUGCAGAACAAGUGUAAGGAGCUGUGUUGUGAGUUGCAAGAACUACAGCAUCAUCGUCGGACCAGUGAGGAGGAGCAGCGGCGGCUGCAGAGGGAGCUCAAGUGCGCGCAGAACGAGGUGCUCCGGUUUCAGACUUCCCACAAUGCCACACAGAACGAGGAGCUGAAGACCAGACUCUGUGCCCUGCAGAAAAAGUAUGAUGCUAGCCAGGAUGAGCAGAAUGAGCUCUUGAAGGUGCAGCUCCAGCUUCAGUCUGAGCUCCGGCAGCUCAAAGUCUUGAAAUCCACAGGCAUAGAAAGCCCAAGUGAGAAGGAGUUACUCUGCCGGCUCCAGAAGCUGCAGCUCCAGUACCAGCACAUCACGUGCGAGAAGGAUAAGCUGCUGGAGGUGCAGCGCCAGCUGUGCGGGGACCUGCACUACCAUGAGGCUGAGGUACAGCGCCUCAAGGACAUCGUGGCCUCCUUCCAGGAGAGCAGUGAGAAGAAUGCAGAGAUGCAUGCCCAGCUUCAGGAGAUGAAGCGGCUGUACCAGACCAGCAAGGAGGAGCUGGAGCGGCAGAAGUACAUGUAUGAUCAGCUCGAGCAGGACCUCCUGCUCUGUCAGCAGGAGCUGAAGGAGCUCAAGACCACCACACCCAUCCCAGAGGACAAGGGGAAGUGUGCUAAUAAGUGUGACGCACUGCUGUCCAGACUGACAGAGUUGCAGGAGGAGUACAAGGCCAGCCAGAAGGAGAUGGGGCAGCUGCAGAUGGAGCAGUGCGAGCUCCUAGAGGAUCAGAGGAGGAUGCAGGAGGAGCAGGGGCAGCUGCAAGAAGAGCUGCACAGGCUCUCGUUCCCACUGCCCAAAGCUGGGCUCCUCCUGAAGAGUCAGGAGCUCCUUACAAAGUUACAAGACCUGUGUGAACUACAGCUGCUCUACCAAGGAAUGCAGGAAGGGCAGAAAAAACUGGUGCAGAAUCAAGAAAGCAUGCUCAAGGAACAGUCAGCUCUGCAUGAAGAGCUGCAUUUUUUCAAAACGUCUCGUUUCCGGGAUGUGUUGGAGAAUCCCGAUGAUUCCAAAUCACCUAAGUCCUCCAAGUGUGACAAGGAAGAGCAGUCCAAGCUGAUCAUCGCCCAGAUGCAGGCUCUGCAGGUGCUCUACGAGGGCACACAGGCUGAGCAGGAGCUGCUGCAGCAGGAGCAGGGCAGGCUCCUCGAGGAGCGGAAGAGGCUGCAGGCCGACCUGCAGCUCUGCCUGGAAGAAAUGCAGCUGCUCCAGGUCCAGUCCCCCUCCAGCAGAAUGAGCCUGGAGAAGAACUAUGGCAGCGUGGCCUCCAGCAGCGAGAACUAUCGCAAGAGUUACGGGAGCAGCAUCGAGGAGAGCGAGAGCUAUCACAAGAGCUACGGUAGCACCCAGGCCAGCAGUGAGAGCUUUCUCAAGAGCUAUAACAGCAGCAGCAGUGCCCAGGAGAGCAGUGAGAAGAAUUAUGGCAGCAGAAGCAGCAGCGUCAUCUACAAGAAGAGUUACGGCAGCAGCACUAGCUCGGACACCGGUCACAAGAGUUACAGUAGCAGCACCAAUGGUGAACCCAAUGAGCCUGAAGACAUGGAGCACUGUGAGGACAUGGUCGCCAAGGUGGUGAUCAAGCUGCAGGGUGUGCAGGCCAUGUACCAGCUCAGCCAGGAGGAACACGACCGGCUGCAAGACCGGAUGCAAAAGCUGGUAGACAGUCAGAAAGAGCUGAAGGAAGAGCUGGCCGCCUGUGAAAAGGAAUUCAAGGAAUGCAUGGAAAGUCUUGAGAAGCCCACUGCCUCCCCCAACGACAAGGACAAGAGUGAGAUCAAGGAGCUGCAGGCCAAGCUGCGGGAGCUGCAGCUGCAGUACCAGGAGAGCAUGGACGAGCAGGGGCGGCUUCUGGCCAUGCAGGAGCAGCUGGAGGGCCAGCUGCAGUGUUGCCAGGAAGAGCUCCGCCAGCUCAAGGAGAAGAAGCCCUCCAUUGCCAGAGAAACCAGGGGGAAAAGUGGCAACGAGAACAUGAACAAAAAUGCCAACGGGGUUAAAAAUAAAAAGGGGACCAAACCAAGCCUGGCCGAUUCUGAGGGCAGCUGUGAGAGCAAAAAGAGUCUGGAGGUGGUGUUGUACUACAAGGCCAGCCACACGGAUUUAGAUGGUCUACUACAAGAGGAAGUAGAGGAGGAAAAGGAGGAGGAAAUCAAAAAGGACACGAAGCAGGACUCCUGCAAUGAACUGGUUUCUGUGCCGUCAGAGCCUACGGAGAUGAGGUCCCCAAAAGCUGAGGAGGGCUGUUACGAAGAGUCCCAAGAGCAGGAGGGCAAGGAAGAAGACCGCAAAGAUGAGAGCAACAAUGACGCUUGCCCCGAAGCUUCAGAGGGAAACAACCCCCUCAGGCUUUCUGAGAGCAAAAAGCCAUCCCCUGCCCCCGAGCCCCCCAUCUUCUCCUUGCCUCUUGUAGGCCUGGUGGUCAUAUCGGCUUUGCUCUGGUGCUGGUGGGCCGAGACGUCGUCCUAACACAGGUACUGGUAUCGAGUCCUCUCCUUCCGAGGGGU